AUGAAUACGACUAUCAAGCCUGAACAACCGACUGCUACAGAGCAUGGCGGCCACCAUCACCACCAGACAAUCAACCACGAGCAUCGCCCCAAUGGCAGCAUACUAAAUGGAUACAACCACGCCAUCAGUACUGAAGCACAUCCCAACGGACCGCUGUAUUAUUCUCAGCCGCCACCGCCCGCCCAGCGACACGCCCCUCCUGUCACCUUCUACUUGCAGACCCUGUACAUGAAUGACUAUGGCACCGCACAGCGGACAAAACGAAGGCAGGUGCGCGCCACUCAGGCCUGUAUCAGAUGCCGUUCGCGAAAGCAGAAAUGUGACGAAACCCUACCGUGCCAAUGCUGCAGAGAGAACAACUUCGAAUGCCAGUACAAGGACGUCCCGCCACCCAAACAAGACAGAAGCAAGAUGCAACUUCAAGAAAGUGUCAACAGCAUCUCCGAAGUUUUGUCGCAGUUGGUGGACCAGUUCAACGGCUGGAAAUCAAGUGUUGAGAGUAGGCUUCCACAAUCGCGGAAUCACGAGAUGUCGAAUCACGCUUCGCCUGAAGCCUCUUUUUCCGCACCCCCAAGAGAGCAUGGCACAUACGGAUGGCCUACUCCUAUACAGGGAAGAGGACACAUGGGUCGUGUCAACCACAACCCGAAAAUGGAAUCGCCCAUCGCUCCCCACUCGAACAUGAUGUCGCCACUAGGUGCGCAAGCAUCAGCUUCUAUCAAGCAAGAGUCGCAAUUCGCUCCGCCUCCUCAACAAUCGGCAACACCUGCCAAGAGUGUAAGGACCGAUCGCAGCCAUGCUACUGAAACUAGUCACAAGGAACAAACCGGCCUGCAAGGUGAUCACACUACACCAGCGCACAAGUUGCUGGACGAGUGGCAACAAAUGAGCAUGUUUUAUCAAGGCAUUCCGUAUCUGAGAAGGCUGAUAGACAACGGCCGUGAAGUCUCAGACUACCCAAUGCAGCUUGAGCAGGAUCGCGGACUGUUGCGUGUCUGGGGUGUUGGCGAGGGCCAAGACCUAACCUACGUAGCGCAAGGACUUGGAAGCCCGGAAAGCAGCAACGAUUCGGAAGCCCCUUCACCAGCGCCUGGCAAAGAAGGACUUUGGGGUUACCCAUUUUCCGGAGCCGAGAAUGGAACACGAACACCGGGCAGCAUACCUCGAGAAUAUUUCCCGCACCAGCAGCUGCUGCAGCGGCAGGAGAACGGGCUCGGUGCAGACGGUCGGCCCGACUUUCGAUGCCAUGUCAUGUUUGACCUGCUCCGGUCCUACAUGGAGACGAUGCACAUUUUCCAUCCUUUCAUGAACGAGAACAAACUGAGGCGUAUGUUCGAGGACUUUAGUGAUCGAUACAGUCCUGACGCGAAGCCUCUGGACGCCCACUCCCCUGCUCCCGCUCAUGGAGUGAAGCGAAAGCGCUCGGCCAGCAACCUCGAUGGACCCCCGUCAGGUCGUACUGACAUUGUACGGUCAUUGCGCAACGCGAUUGUAUUGCUCGUUCUUGCCCUUGGUAAAGUCUGCUCGCAUACAGAGCCACUGCCUGCGCCACAAAAUGAUCGACAUCCUUACGUCCACAGUGAAUGGGGAUACAUUCGGAAUUCUCCUCACCCAAACGGGAGUUUCAGCAGCAUAAGCAGCGAGAAUCCCGACGAGAUACGCACGAGGAACAUCGAUCUACUGCCUGGUAUGGCCUACUAUGCUUACGCCACCGAUAUUCUCGGAAAUCAACAGGGAGGCAAUACCGUUGAGCAUGCGCAGGCUAUGCUGUUGGCUGCGCUGUUUCUCAGUCAGUAUGCACGAGUACUGGAGAGUUGGAGCUGGAUUAACAACGCUUGCCGGAUUGCCCUAGUUCUCAUCAAAGCCGACUACACUAAGCUGCUCCGUGUGAACAGCGACAGAAGACAUACCUGGAGUUCCAGGGAGCGCUACAGACUCAAUCUCGUGAUGUGUGUCUACUGGACAGCUCUACAGUUGGAAUCCGAUAUUCUAGCAGAGAUGAGCACUCUACCACCUUCCGGCAUUUCUGCACAUCAAAGCGAGAUUAUGUACCCCGAAGGCGUCAACGAAAACUGGUCUCAAGACCUGGACAGCAAUUUCGUGCAGCGAGAUAUCGAAGUCCGCGCAGGCCCCAGAAAAGAUUUGAUGAUGAAGCUGUACUCCACGCAGACUUUCCUACGAGUUGUCCUUAACGUUGCGCACAACGCGUUGUACGGUCCUAGUGGCCGCAUGAGCUUCGACCCUACCAGCUUUAAGGAGGUUGCUCACCACGCGCUCGCCCACAAGGAGAUACUCGAGGGCUGGCGAAAAUUGCUUACUCCGGAACUGGCGUGGUCGGAUGACGAGUACCCCUCGACAGAUCUCAAUAUUGCUCGUGUACGCGCCAAGUACUAUGGUGGUCUAUACAUGAUGUUGCGACCCUACCUCAAACUUGCGAGCCACACGCUCGAGUUCCCACCUCCGCCUCCUGGCACAACUGGCGCUACGCACCACAAUUCGUCAUCGCCCUACGGAAAUGCUGUUUCCAACAGAAACGUACAAAUGGUUGACCUAAGCGAAGACCAGCACAAGAUCAUCAAGAUCUGUUGCCAAUGUAUCAACGCCGCUAUCCGGAGUACCAUCGCGUUCGAUCGUGUAGGCGAAGAGACCGGCAGCCAAUACCAGUACUUUCAACCUACGCGCAAGAAGAGGCUUAUCCUAACCAACAUCUUCGGUACGCUUCACGCACAAUUCGGCAACAUGCUCGUCCUCGCCUCAGUGUACAAGUCCAAACUAUACCCCCUCCUUCCCAGCGACACCUGGCUCACGAAAGCCAACCUCGCCGCGUUAUUCAAACGUACCAUUGCCGUCAUCAGCGACGUAGCGCAGAACUCGCCCAUCCUACGUAUGGAUCUCGAAAUUCUCAAGAACGUCCAGAGGCAACAGGGUCUCGAGUGA